UCCCUCUUCCUGGCUGUCAUAAACUCAGCAGCUUUGUUCAACUAUGCCUUUCUGCCAUGAUGCUCUGUCCCACCCACCUCAGGUGUAAAGCAGUGGAGUCAACUGACCAUGGACUGAAACCUCUGAAACUGUGAGCACAAAAUAAGCUUUUCCUACUCUAGGUUGUUCUUAUCAGGUAUUUUGGACAGUGAUGAACAGUUAUGGUUAGAAUAUAUUUUUCUAUACCAAGAUUAUAAAAAUAUCCAUUCAUAUUUUAUCCAUGUAAUCCUGACUCCAUAUAGAAUUGUUUUGCAGCACUGGGGAUCAAGCCCAGGACCUCAUUCAUACUUUGCAAGUACCAUACACCCCCAGCCCCAUAUGAUACAAAAGGCCAUAUUUAUCAUGUAUCAUGUAUUAAAGUCCCACAUAUACACUAUUUUAAGAUGUAGCAAAUACCAUGUGGCAAACAAAAUGUCUUAGAAUUCUUCAAGCCUAAGAAAGUAUAACUACAGUAAGAAUGGUUUUCAGUAUCAACCCAGAUAUGCAGGGAUAGAAAAAAGAUGUCUGGGUGCUUAGCUGUUGAAUAGAGGCUGGGGGAGGGUCAAAUACAGUUGAUGAUAUAAUAAAGAGUGGUAGGAUUCUGUCUGGAACUCCAUAGGCCUAAAGGAAAGACUCUGGCAACCUUCUUAAGACUGCUGUACUCUUGAGUGCUGAGGUCCAAUUCUAUGGCUUCUCUGGAUACCUUGGUGUUCAGUUAACUUUCAGGUAAGUGGCUCCCCACCAGGCAUGAUUAAGGUAUAUCAGCAAGUAAAUGAAUGUAUCACUUAUGAAUGUCUUUAGUAGUAGAAAGCCCAAAAUAUAAUGGAUCAAAUAGGGGUUUAUUAUUAUUAUAGUAAAAAUGAGGGUGAGUCCAAAUGAUCAAGAGAAGAGACUAUGAAGUCAGACAAGUAACUAGGAUCAUAAUCUGACCUACAAUUUAAUGAGAUCUGUUUGGCUUCUCAGUAGAGAAGAGAGUGAAGGGAGGCAGAGAUGAUGGUGGGUACCAGUGGAAGUAGUGUUAAGUGGAAGGAUUCUGGAUAUAUUUUAUAGAUAAAUCUGACAGGAUUUUUUCUGGUAAGUAAGGUGAGGAAGUGAAAGAGUCAAAGAUGAUGCACAAGCACUGGCUUGAACAGCUGAAAAGUUUCCCAUUGAUUAAGUUUUGGAAGGUUCAUAGGGGAGCAGUAUAGACAUCUGACCUGACACAGUGUAGUAAGGUUUGUUUUGGUUUGAUGUUAGAGUGGGAAUACAUUUUACUUUGGACUACUGAGCAUGUUCAGGAUUCAUCCACAUAAGUCAAUGAAUUAUCUGUGUGUGAAAGGUGGGAAGCUUUUUUUCAAUAAGAACUAACCCCUCCCCCCCAAAAAAAAGAAGAAGAACUAAACCCUUGCUUUCUAACUUUUCAGACAAAGCUGCUGUGUAAAGAACUAAGGACAAAGAAAUUUCCCUUUGGCAGAGUAAGAGUCCAUGGAGCCCCAGAAGCUGCUGAGCAUUGUAUUUCUGUUGUGUUCACUGACUUGCUCCUUGUUGGUGACAGUAGCUUCCCCUCCUUCGCCAUUAUAUGAUUUUGGAAUUCAAGAAAACGCAGGACUGAAACCACGCUCAAGGGGAGACCAGAGGUCUUGGCUGAGCGACUUCUGGGAUUACCUGUGGAACCUCAUCAUGAGCUCCAUACCUCCAGCAGCCAUUUUUGCUUUUCUUAUCACCAUAUCACUAAUGGGGACCCUCUGUUGCCUAACUAUUCUUAUAGGUGAACCAGUCCACUGAAGAACUAGAAGACUGAUUAAGGCAAUUGUGGUGUUUGGUUUUCCAGAUUUCAAGACAAUGGAAAAUGUGUUGUUUGCUUAAAAUGAUGUUCAAUUAUUAAAUUAUAUUCUGUCUUAAA